AGGCGAGACAACAGAGAAAAGGUAGGCGAGACAACAGAGCACAGGUAGACGAGACUACAGAGUAUAGGUAGGCGCGACAACAGAGUAUAGGUAGGCGAGACAACAGAGUACAGGUAGACGAGACAACAGAGUAUAGGUAGGCGCGACAACAGAGCACAGGUAGACGAGACUACAGAGUAUAGGUAGGCGCGACAACAGAGUAUAGGUAGGCGAGACAACAGAGUAUAGGUAGGCGCGACAACAGAGUAAAGGUAGGCGAGACAACAGAGUACAGGUAGACGAGACUACAGAGUAUAGGUAGACCAGACUACAGAGUAUAGGUAGACGAGACAACAGAGUAUAGGUAGACGAGACCACAGAGUUUAGGUAGACGAGACUACAGAGUACAGGUAGAUGAGACUAAGGAAGAUGACACUCAUAAUCUCCAAAAAUUUGAGAUAAUAAAUGCUGAAAGAUGCUAAAUAAACCAGAAAAUGAGGGAAAUCAGCUUGUCUUGUGCAAGAACUGUAAGGCUUUGAUCGGGAAUUGGAACCAAUGUACUCAAGUCUGAUGCUGGUGAAUGUCAGAUCGUGUAAGAGAAAAGCAUAUAUAUAUAAAUUAAAUAAGGACUUAAUAACAGGCAAUAUAGAAAUCACGCAGACAAAGGCAAACUUCUAUAAAGCACUGUCUAGAAUUAUUGAAUUUUCUUUCUCCGUGUAAUAUUCAUAUUACCUAUGAAUGGCAACUGAAUCGCAGUCAAAUGAAAAGUGACUUAAACUAUCAUAAUGAAUGUGGUUCAACUACACUGCAAUUGUUUACUUGGUUGGCAUAUCUUGACAGCCAUACAUGCCUCAUUCAACCUUUCCCCCUAUAUAAGUUGCAUGUUAUUUAUUCUAAAUGAACGUAGGAAGUAAUGCCAUUGGUUGAAAUAUAUUAUAAAAACCUGAGUUGUUUCCCUAUGAUUCAGCCAUUUAUAAUGUAAUUUUGUCUUCGUAAAAAAGUAAGCAAAUUAAAUCAUUACUUUUCUUAUGCCUAUAAUUUAUCUAGAUGUUUAAUACUUUACUACAAAAAAGACUUUCGUAUCAUUUUUUUCAUAAUCUAGGAUUACCAUCAGGGAAAUACAGAAUUCCAUAUUAUAUCGAACGGUGAAAUACAUUUGAUAUUCGAUGAAUUUUUUUUCCUGGGAUGCACGAUCUAUUCUGGGAAGUUUAAAUUUCUUUCGAAAUAUUUUAUUUUAUUUUGAGUUAUUACCAUUUUUUCAAGACACGUUUACAUUUCCACGACAGGUCAAAAUUCAUACCACUAAAUGUCACCAGUAGUCUCGUAUUUCAGUAUUAUAAUUUAAAUAUUUUACAUAACUGAUGUCGUUUAUUUCAAGAAAAUAUUAGUCUUGUUUUGUGUAUGUAUUAUUAACAUGAACUAUUAAGACAAUUAUAUUUGCUUAUCAAUACAGAGAACCUCAAAGUCUGACGGGACCUCAAGUUAGAAAAAAAAAACAUUUGCUUAAGAAAUAUGGUAAACAAUAUUAUCAUAUAUCCGUGUCGGUGAAAACAAAUUUCUCUCAGAUUGAAGAAUACAAAAAUGUCAUGUUGGUAUUGGACAACCGGCAAACAAAGAUUUUAUAUGGUAAAUAUCCAAGUACAUCUGUACGUAAUCAGCUAAAUUUGGCAUCAAAUAAAAUAUUUAGGAAAAACACUAUACUAUGUUUUCACUAAAAGCUAAAAGCAAUUUGAUUUUCAUGUAUAACAACUAUAUUGCAUUUAAUCAAACUUCAUAUUUACUAUAAAAUAUCAACAGGUAUCCGUAAAGUGUUAGGCUAAGAUUGUGUAUUGAAGGUACAUCUUCAAUAUAUCAAAAUUAAAACAGUAUCUAAUGACAAAAAAAAAUAUCCUGUUGACCUUUCUUCCGGCUUCAUUUCAAUACCCACACAUGUAUAUGUACCGUUAGUUAUAGUUUUCACCACAGCCAGGCAUGGUAAAUUAUUAGAUCGUAUACAACACACACGCUUGUAUACAAAAAUAUAUGAUAUAACAGUACCGUUAGCAUAUGGUCAAAUGGUCACUUCUAAAUUCAUGUUAACGCCAUACCCUUUGAUCUUUAAGGAAGUCUUGACUAACCUUUAUCCCUACUUAACGUACGGCAGUAAAUGUUUGGGCAUUUUUAACAAUCAGUCAAAAGAUUAAAUAGAUUUUUAAUCUUGCCGAUCAGUGAUUUUCAGAGAUAAAUCAUUGUUCGGGUCCAAAUCGGACACACGCCCGGAAGCAAGCUACUGCUUUUCCUUUACAAAAUGUUUGUAAGCAAUCAGAUUCCGGAAUAAUAGCCACGUGUUGCGUGAAAAGAACUAGGAGAGCCCCGAGGGGAGGAUGUUUCGGUAUUUAGCAGAGACCAGAUAGAAGAAGGCCAUCAUUUCGUAUGUGGUCUCGGAAACUACCGUACACUAGAAUUUCGCUCAAAUUUUAUGUCACAGUAACAAAAUAAGAAAUAAUGAAAUUCCUAUCAACAUCUAAUAGUCCUACAGAAAAAGAAAACCUGAAGUGUCUGACCCGAAAGCACAUCGCCGAGCGACAAAGACGUGCGCGGAUCAACUUUCUCCUGGAGCAGUUAGAAACACUUAUCUUGCCACAGGAUUCGGAGCCAUCUCCUGUAAAACUAGAGAAAGCAGAAGUACUAGAGAAGACUGUUGAUUACAUACAGAAGCGAAGAUCGAGCGACCUGCAUGGGUCGAGAGCUGAGUAUGAGAAAGGAUACAAAGAAUGUCUGCAAAAAGUCUACAAUUUCAUCGACGGUUCAACACUGGCCCCUCUUCAGAAAAACAACAUACGAGCUAGCCUGUUGAGCCAACAGGUCUCUAGUGAACAACCAAUGGAAAUGCCUCUUUCUGAAUCUACCAGCCAGCAACGUCAUCAUCGACUUCCGCGGCAGUAUGCCGUCGGAAAUCUCUGUGCGCCUGUACAAUAUAUCAAACAAGAAGCUGAAGUAGUGCGUUGCCAGUCCAAUACGUUGGAUACCGUGUCUCAGUAUCAAAUGCAGGUGUCUCAAGAACAUAUUACAAUGUCUCCAGUUCACCUUCAAAUAUCACCUGUUUCAUAUCCUUUGCCUAACAACCAAUUACCUGUGUCACAUUUCCAACUUCCGGUAUCUGAAAAAUAUGAAGGUUUGUUGUCUACCACAACCGGAAGACAUAUGCAGAUUAUGAAUACCGGUGCUACACAGUUCUGCGAGCAGAGCGGUAGCGGAAUCACAGACGCUAAUGUGUGGAGACCAUGGUAGACUGUUAGAAAGAUCCAACCUCAAAAACUGUUAUAUUGUGCUUAAGUGUUGUGUUGUUAACAGUCGAAACUCAUUGAUCAAUCUUCUGUCAUCCCAAGAUGCAUUCUCUGGAUUGUACAAUGGUUACUAUGGAGCUGGCUUGAAAGAGGAAUGUUAACUAUUGGUUGGACAAAUGCGGUUCGACCGUAAUUUGCUAAAAAAUGUCAAAUCAUAAUCUUUAUCUGUUAUUAUAUGUUUUCAUAUAAAUAAAAAGUAGUA